UUCAUGAAACAAUUUGCGUUACGGAUGUCCCAAAAUCUAGGGUUGUGCAAAAAUUUGCUCUAAAAAAUUAGAUUUUAUCAGCCAAUCAAUACCCAACAAAAUCAAUUUUGCGCCUUGCUGCCUCACAGGGGAUUGUGGCCAGGCCACCACGACAGCCUAGUCUACGGAAACGCUUUCUUGGUUCGUUCAAACCAUGGGAGCAUGAGCCCGGCAGUGCGGACGAAGCGGCCGCCGCCGCAGCCGCUGCCGCGGCGGCCGCCGCCGCCGAAGCCGAGCGCGGAGUCGAAGCCGGCGAAGGCCCGUGCACCGGCAACCUCGCUACUGGAGAGCCUCAAGUCGUUCAAGUCCCGCCUGGCCGCCGGCCCGCCGCUCGCGCCCACGCCGAAGUCCUUCAAGUCGUACGCGGAGACCUGCGCGUCCAUCCUCCGGCUCUGCUCCGCCGCCGCGGCCGCCUCCGGCACCGCUGCCGCCUCCUCAAACCUGCCGCUCGUCCUCUCAAUCCACGCGCACGCGCUCGUCUCCGGCCUGACCGCGGACGGCUCGGUGGCGUCGCACCUCCUCACCGCCUACGCCGCCUUCGCGCGCGCGGCGGACCGCGACGGGGCCUUCCGGGACUGCGUCUCCGUCGUCGGGGCGGCGUCCCCGUUCGCCUACGAUUUCAUGGUGCGGGAGCACGUCAAGGCCGGGGACAUCGUCUCCGCUCGCCGGCUGUUCGACGGAAUGCCCGAGAGGAGCGUCGUGUCGUACACCACCAUGGUGGAUGCGCUCAUGAAGCGCGGGUCCGUGAGGGAUGCGGUUGAGCUGUAUCGCCAGUGCCCGCUCUGCUCGGUUCCCUUCUUCACCGCGAUGAUCGCGGGGUUUGUCCUCAAUGAGCUCCCCAAGGAUGCGCUCGGCGUGUUCCAUGAAAUGCUCAGCUGCGGCGUGAGUCCAAAUGAGAUCACUUUGGUCUCCGUCAUCAAGGCAUGCAUUGGUGCAGGUGAGUUCGAUCUGGCCAUGUCUAUCGUGGGGUUGGCAAUGAAAUCAAACUUGCUUGACAAAAAUCUUGGGGUACGCAACUCCUUGAUCACACUAUACUUAAGGAAGGGAGAUGCAGAUGCUGCACGCAGGAUGUUUGAUGAAAUGGAGGUGAGAGAUGUGGUUUCAUGGACUGCUUUGCUUGAUGUGUAUGCUGAAUUGGGUGACCUCGAGGGAGCUCGACGGGUUCUUGAUGAAAUGCCUGAGAGGAACGAGGUCUCCUGGGGUACUUUGGUUGCUAGGCAUGAACAGAAAGGCAAUGCAAAAGAAGCAGUGAGUUUGUAUAGUCAGAUGCUGGCUGAUGGUUGUAGGCCAAACAUUUCAUGUUUCUCCAGCGUUCUUGGUGCUUGUGCUAGCCUUCAGGACUUAAGAAGCGGAAGAAAGAUCCAUAACCAGACUUUAAAGAUGGCCUGUAGCAAUAAUGUAUUUGUAUCCAGCGCUCUGAUUGACAUGUACUGCAAAUGCAAACAGUUGCCAGAUGCACAAAUGAUUUUUUACUCCCUACCACAAAAGAACAUAGUAUGUUGGAACUCUCUCAUUUCAGGUUAUAGCAACAACUCAAAAAUGGUGGAAGCUGAGGAACUCUUCAAAAAGAUGCCUGCAAGGAAUGUUGCUUCAUGGAAUUCAAUCAUCUCUGGUUAUGCACAAAAUAGACAGUUUAUUGAUGCAUUAAAAUCUUUCCAUGCAAUGUUAGCUUCAGGGCAGAGUCCAGGGGAAAUUACCUUCUCAAGUGUUCUCCUGGCUUGUGCUAGCCUGUGUUCUUUAGAGAUGGGCAAGAUGGUUCAUGCUAAGAUCAUUAAGCUUGGAAUUAAGGAAAGCAUCUUUGUUGGGACUGCACUGAGUGAUAUGUAUGCUAAGUCAGGGGAUUUAGAUAGCUCUAAGAGGGUAUUUUAUGAAAUGCCCAAAAGAAAUGAUGUUGCUUGGACUGCCAUGAUUCAAGGACUUGCUGAAAAUGGUUUUGCAGAGGAGUCUAUUCUGUUAUUUGAGGAUAUGAUCUCAGCAGGAAUAACACCAAAUGAGCAGACAUUUUUAGCCAUUUUAUUUGCUUGCUCCCACAGUGGCUUGGUGGAGCAUGCCAUGCAUUAUUUCGAAAUGAUGCAGGCAUGUGGUAUAUCACCUAAAGCAAAACAUUAUACAUGUAUGGUUGAUGUCCUUGCUCGAGCUGGUCAUUUGGCAGAAGCAGAAGAUCUUCUCCUGAAAAUCGAAAGCAAAUCAGAAGCAAAUUCAUGGGCUGCUCUUCUGAGUGCCUGCAACAUUUACAGGAAUAAGGAAAUGGGUGAGAGGGCUGCAAAGAGGCUCCAGGAGUUGGACAAGGAUAAUACAGCAGGUUAUGUGUUACUCUCAAAUAUGUAUGCAUCUUGCGGGAAAUGGAAAGAUGCUGCUGAGAUGAGGAUACUAAUGAAAGGGAUCAAUCUUAAAAAGGAUGGUGGGUGUAGUUGGGUUCAGAUAAGAGGUCAAUAUCAAGCCUUCUUUUCUUGGGAGACAAAGCAUCCCUUGUUACCGGAUGUUUAUGAGAUGUUGGAUUUGCUGACAUGGGAAUUGAUUGCUUGAUUUUUUUAAAAAUGUCAUAUAGGAGUAAAACCUUCGAGGCUUUGACCUCAUUUUGCUUCUUUAGUUCAUAAAGAUAACGAUAGCAGGAUGGAGUUGUUUCUGGAGAAUGGCUGAAAGGAAAUUGCUUUUGACAUUCCAAAAAUGAUAGUUGCCUUCAUAUGCUAAGCUCCAGAAAUAUUCAUGGUUAUUUGCUUCCAACCAUCUAGCUGGAAUUUUAGCAAAUUGUGAUAGCCGUGCUGGAUUAUUACAAAAGAAGGUAGGGCAUUAUUGUUGGUUUAUUGACUUUGAGCACCGUGGUUUGUUUUUAAUCUGCUCUUCAAAACAGCACUACCUCGGCAUGGUAGCAACCUGGAAUAGAAUGUCUGUAUCUUUUUGCUGAAGUUCGUGUGAUUUGACAACAACCAACUUCAGAUGAACAACUUCAGAAAAUUCAACUGUGUAUUUACUGCAUUGUGACUAUCCUGACUUGUUUACUGAACCUUGUAUUGCCUCCUUUGAUAUGGAAUUCAAAUGAAGAUUACUGCAAAAGAUGUCCCGGGUGCGAGAACCCUAAGCAUGAAUUGUGCUAUGAGCUAGCUUUAGUGAUAACCUUUGAGUAUGAACUCUCUGGGGUCACCGUUGAAGUGGGUAAAGAAUGUCUAAGCUUUCGUUAUUCCAGUUUGAUCGAAAAUCAGUACAGCCAACUGGAUCUUAGAAGCUGUUCGGUCGAGAAAUCUCAGAAGUGUACCGUGUACGCCGUCUCUGCUACAUGUAUAUGGCUUGAUUGGGGAACUGAUUCUUCUUUACCGGUUGAGGAUGCAUCUUUGGGGAAGGUGCAGAUCCUUAGGUUUCUGUGCUGUGCAUUUCAUUAUCAAAGCCAAGGUAACUGGACGACGUGCGCAUUGCACUCCAAGCCAAUCACAUCAACCUGCAGCCGAUUGAACCGCGGGGUUCAAAUUGGCUGGCCGGUGCCGGUGGCAAUUGAUCGCUCUGCCUCGUGCCAUCGUCGGCACGCGGCUUGACUCUCUUGUCCCUCCUCGUGUCGGCCUACCCGAUCAGCACCGGACGCCCAGAGCCCAGACACCUCAGCGGCUGGGCAGUUCACAUCCGCGUGUACUACUACGCAUAUUCUUCUUUCCCCACCCGCAAUCACCGAUCAAACCGCGUCGCCCUCAGCAGCGGGGUCAGGUCAGUUGUGGUCUAAUUAAGAGAAGUGCAGCCUUCAGGUGGCUGGUGCGGCGGGGAUGGAGCCACUGGAGGUGGCGAUCACGAUCAUCUUCGACGCGCUGUUGCUGGUGUUCAUGGUGAAGCUCUUCUUCGCCAUGUUCCAGAUGAAGCUCGUCGUCAUCCUCUUCUACCUCGUCAUCCUCCUCUUCGCCAUGGCCUUCUCCGGCCGGGCACCCAGUAGCUUCUAGUAUGCCGCGACAAAUUUGGAGGUGCAAAUCUCUUCUUUCCCCCUUAAUUCGCGAGCUGAUUGGUGGAUCUACGUGGAUUUUCAUCCUCUGGUGGAAUCGGUCGUCUCGGUUUUUGUGUAAGAAAGGAGAAUCAUGAGGCCAAGGUGCAAACUGUGUAGUCUUGAUCAAAGAAAAGCCAUGGCCAUGGCCCCCUCUCAUGUGAAUUUAGUCGAGAGUUUCUUCUAUAAUUUCCCUGCUUAUAUAUUUCUACUUACAUUUUUGCUAAUGACUCUUGUCAAAAGUGUAGAUUUUCUAGUGGUUUCCUUGAUCAUCAAUGGAGAGUAGUCUUUCUUGCAACUUUCCCCCUUUUUCUCUUGAAGAAAAAUACCACCUGAGUUAUACCACUUUCUUCAUAGGAGUAUAUAAAAAGGCAGCCUUAUGCUAUUCAUCU